GAGUGUAUGCUCUGUGUGUCACUGUGGAUUGUAGUUUAAAAAGCUUUACUGCCGUCAUUCAGAAGCUGGAUGGCGUGGGACAUGUGCAACCAGGACUCUGUAUGGAGUGACAUAGAGUGUGCUGCUCUCGUUGGUGAAGACCAGCCUCUUUGCCCAGAUCUCCCAGAACUUGACCUCUCUGAACUAGACGUGAAUGACUUGGAUGCCGACGGCUUCCUAGGUGGACUCAAGUGGUGUAGCGACCAAUCAGAAAUCAUUUCCAAUCAGUACAGCAAUGAAUCUUCAAAUAUAUUUGAGAAGAUAGAUGAAGAGAAUGAGGCAAACUUGCUAGCAGUUCUCACAGAAACAUUGGACAGUCUCCCUGUGGAUGAGGAUGGAUUGCCCUCAUUUGAUGCACUGACAGAUGGAGAUGUGACCAAUGACAAUGAUGCUAGCCCUUCGCCUAUGCCCGACGGCACCCCUCCAACUCAGGAGGCAGAAGAGCCGUCUCUACUUAAGAAGCUCUUACUGGCUCCAGCCAACACUCAGCUAAGUUAUAAUGAAUGCAGUGGUCUCAGUACUCAGAACCAUGCAAAUACUAAUCAUAGGAUCAGAACAAACCCUGCGGUUGUUAAGACCGAGAAUUCAUGGAGCAAUAAAGCAAAGAGCAUUUGUCAACAGCAAAAGCCACAAAGGCGUCCCUGCUCGGAGCUCCUCAAGUAUCUGACUACAAAUGAUGACCCUCCUCAGACCAAACCAACAGAGAGCAGGAACGGCAGCAAAGACAAAUGCCCUUCCAAAAAGAAGCCCCAUCUCCAGUCUCAGCCGCACCAUUUGCAAGCCAAACCAACAAGUUUAUCACUUCCUUUGACACCCGAGUCACCAAAUGAUCCCAAGGGUUCCCCAUUUGAGAACAAGACUAUUGAAAGAACCUUAAGUGUGGAACUCUCUGGAACUGCAGGCCUAACUCCACCUACGACUCCUCCUCAUAAAGCUAAUCAAGAUAAUCCUUUUAGGACUUCUCCAAAGCCGAAGUCAUCCUGUAAAAGCAGUGUGCCACCUUCAAAGAAACCCCGCUAUAGCGAAUCUUCUGGUACCCAAGUAAAUAAUCCCACUAAGAAAGGUCCAGAACAAUCCGAGCUGUAUGCUCAGCUCAGCAAGACUUCAGUGCUAUCCAGCGGACAGGAGGAGAGAAAGACAAAAAGGCCUAGUUUACGGCUAUUUGGAGACCAUGACUACUGUCAAUCGAUUAAUGCAAAAACUGAAAUCCGCAUUAAUUUAUCACAGGAGCUCCAGGUCUCUGGACAACUAGAAUAUAAAGAUGCCUCCCCUGGAUGCCAGGGGCAGACUCGUUCUUCCACAGACCCAGACCAGUGCUACACAAGAGAGACUUUUCAGGCGAGCAAGCAGGGUUCCCCAUGCGGCCACAGAAAACAGCUCCAAGACCAGGAAAUCCGGGCUGAGCUGAACAAGCACUUUGGUCAUCCCAGUCAAGCUGUUUUUGAUGACGAAGCAGACAAGACCAGUGAACUGAGGAACAGUGAUUUUAGUAACGAACAAUUCUCCAAACUACCUAUGUUUAUAAAUUCAGGACUAGCCAUGGAUGGUCUGUUUGAUGACAGCGAAGAUGAAAGUGAUAAACUAAGCUACCCUUGGGAUGGGACACAAUCCUAUUCAUUGUUUGAUGUGUCACCUUCUUGCUCUUCUUUUAAUUCUCCAUGUCGAGAUUCCGUGUCUCCACCCAAAUCCUUAUUUUCUCAAAGAUCCCAAAGGAUACACUCUAGAUCAAGGUCCUUUUCUCGACACAGGUCAUGUUCCCGAUCUCCAUAUUCCAGGUCAAGAUCAAGGUCACCAGGCAGCAGAUCUUCUUCAAGAUCUUGUUACUACUAUGAGUCCAGCCAUUGCAGACAUCGGGGACACCACAGUUCUCCCUUAUAUGCAAGGUCACGCUCCAGAUCGCCCUACAGCCGAAGGCCCAGGUAUGACAGCUACGAAGAAUAUCAGCACGAAAAGCUGAAGAGGGAAGAAUACCGCAAAGAAUACGAGAAGCGAGAGUCUGAAAGGGCCAAGCAAAGGGAGAGGCAGAGGCAGAAGGCAAUUGAAGAGCGUCGUGUGAUUUAUGUUGGUAAAAUCAGACCUGAUACCACCCGGACAGAACUGAGGGACCGUUUUGAAGUUUUUGGUGAAAUUGAGGAGUGCACAGUAAAUCUGCGGGAUGAUGGAGACAGCUAUGGUUUCAUCACCUACCGCUAUACUUGUGAUGCUUUUGCUGCUCUUGAAAAUGGAUACACUUUGCGCAGGUCGAAUGAACCUGACUUUGAGCUGUACUUUUGUGGACGCAAGCAAUAUUUCAAGUCUAACUAUGCAGACCUAGAUUCACACUCAGAUGAUUUUGAUCCUGCUUCUACCAAGAGCAAGUAUGACUCUCUGGAUUUUGAUAGUUUACUGAAAGAGGCGCAGAGAAGCCUACGCAGGUAACAAGCCCACAGGCCGAGGAGAAUGGAGGGAUGGUGAAUACCUCACAGGACAUCACGUCCUUCAAUAAGGACUCUUGAAAGUCAUACUUAGGAAUUUAUCCUACUUUACACUCUCUGUACAAAAAUUUUAAAAAAAAGGUUUACAUGAACACGGCUGCUGACAAGGGAAGAGGCCAAAGGGACAUCCAGUAAGCACAUGUUUAUCCGUGGGGGUCAGCUUUGCUUUCCCGGGACGACAGCAGUGGUGGUGGUGGCAUUGUGCGUGAGCGCCCGAGCGCGCGUGCCCGCGUGCUUGUGGAUGUGCGUGUGUGUCUUUGUGUUUGGGGGGGGGUGAGGGUACGAGCGAUGACCGGCAAGAGUGCAAAUGCGAACCACUUGAAGCGACAGCAGUUCCAUAGAGAGACACUUAAAACCUUAGAACUUCAAAAUGUCCGUGCUGUAUCUAAAAAGAAAAAAAAAAAAAAAAAAGGAAAAAAAAGCAAACCAACUGCAGAUCACCCUAUACUGACCACGGGUGAUGCCUGGGCUUCAGAUGCUGAGUUCUUGCUUUUUAGAAAGAGAAAACACAAACAAACACAACCUUCUCUGGUAUUGUAAUGAUGUGACAAUCCUGAGGAAACAAGAGGUCCCACAGACCUAAAGUCCUCUCUCUCUCUCUCUCUCUCU